AUGUCGUCUGAGCCUACGAAAUUGGAGGUAGAAUACAUUAGUGAAGAAAAAUUAAUUAAGGAAAAUAGUGGUGCUCAGUCUCCUCUUGCUCUUCUAGCUGCUACUUGCAGCCGUCUCGGCCCCGCUAACAUGGGGCCCGACCAGCAACAAGAUAAAGAACAACAACAUUACAGCCCACAGCAACAACAGCAAGUCCAACAGCAGCAGCAGCAACAGCAACAAGUUCAACAACAGCAGGCCCAACAGCAGCAACAGCAACAACAACAGCAGCAGCAGCAACAAGUCCAACAACAACAACAGGUCCAACAACAGCUCGUACAACAACAAGGCGAAGUUGCGCUCGCCAUUCAACAGCACUAUCUACAACAACAACAGCAGCAGCAACCGCAAUUGAGAGUCAUCAGCACUGCUGUUGUUCAACAGCUCAGAGCGCAAGGGCUGUCGGGCAACGAACUGUCUGCAGCUAUUGUGAAUGCUGCAAGCACUGUACCUAAUGGCAUCCAAGUGCAACAACCUCAGGUGAUAUCGAUGCAACAGCUUCAGUCCUUACUGGGCGGGGGCGUAGUAACAAGCUCUGAUGGCGCUACCUACCAAAACCCAUCGCAGCCCCUUCUUCAGUUACAUCCACAGUUAUUACAGCAACAAGCGGGCAACGUAUAUGGAGGUUGUUUGGUUGGAGGCGUGGGUGGGGGUGUGGCCCCGAUGCAAACUGUCACUGUGGACGGACAAGAAGCCCUCUUCAUACCCGCACAACAUGCACAGAAUUUCUCGGGCAUGGGGCAAGUAAGUCUAGUGAAUGGACAGCUAGUGCGGACACCAGUGUUACCGGCUGGCUUCCUACAAAACGUGAUGCAUUUACCUACAGAGCAGCAAGCGACCAUCACUAUCCCCGGUACUAACAUAAGCAUCCCCCUGAGCGCGAUCGGGAACCAAUCGGUCAUCAUCCCCGGGUCGAACCUAAUACCCGGCGUUCAGAUACCCAACUCGGUUCAGUUGCCCGUGAGCGUCGCUAACGUGACGAACGGCGUAUUAAAUGGGGGGGAGAAGAAGGAAAGUAAGGAGCAGACCGAAGCACAAGGAGGUGGUGUAGCAGUAAGAGGGGGCGUGGGGGGUGUUGGUGGAGUUGGCAGCAUGGGCAUGGUACCCGUACAAGUCCCCGUGAGCAUAGCCAAUGGGCAUACAGUGUAUCAAACUGUACACGUACCCGUACACGCGCCGCAUUUGCAAAUUAUACCGCAGCUGCAACAGAUGCAAGCACAACCCCAGGUCGCCAACGUUUUGACUCCAUCAGGGCAGAUUCAACAAAUACAGAUUGCGUCCUUAGGGAAUGUUCAGGUGCAGCAAAAUGGCGCCACCCAGAACGCAGUCAGCGCAUCUCCAACGCCUGCUACCAUUACUUUACAGGUACCAACUCUGGGUGUGGGGGGUCUAGGAGGUGCUGUGCAGCUCGUUCCCGCAGUUGGCCUUCCAGGCGGAGUACAGCUGGCGCAAAUACCACAGGCUCAACCACAACCACAACAACAGGCUGUUUCUAUUGGCCAGCAGAUACAACAGGAUCCUAAUGAGCCUGGAAAAUGGCAAGUUGUGACCGUGAACUCAAGCAGUGGUAAUAAUGGGAACAAUGCAGUCAGCGCUACUUCCGAGUGUGAAGUCACCAAGCAGAGAUCAGUUAGUCCCAACAGUGGGAAGCGAUUGGUUAAGCGUGUAGCAUGUACUUGCCCGAAUUGUGAUCAGGGAGAAAACCGCUUGGUUGAUCGGAAAAAACAGCAUGUCUGCCACAUGCCAGGAUGUAACAAGGUGUAUGGAAAAACGUCACAUUUACGUGCGCAUUUACGCUGGCAUUCUGGAGAAAGACCAUUCUUGUGCAAUUGGCUUUUCUGUGGGAAAAGGUUUACUCGAUCAGACGAGCUACAGCGUCAUAGGCGGACACAUACAGGGGAAAAGAGAUUUGAAUGUCCUGAGUGCAGUAAAAGAUUUAUGAGAUCAGAUCAUUUAGCCAAGCAUGUCCGGAUACACACCAAAAAUAGAAUUACAGAGGUAGCCACAUCGACCCAAUCUAUGUAUUCUGAUUCCGGAGAUGAUAGCUGUGAAGAGAAGAUGAUGCUCACAAUUGAGACGAUACAUUCUAACGACAAUGACGAGAAACUGGUUAUGAUAAGGCCUGGGCCUAAGAUGGAACCUGAUCACGUGGACAGUUAG